CUUUUGGGAAACUUAUGCCAGUGUUUGAGGCGGGACGGGAUUCUCUUUCCUCCUGAAGACGAUGAUGGUUCCGUUUUUACUUUGUGAGCCGAGGAGGUGUGGAGCCGGUACUGGGGGGUGACGUGAGACCAGGCCACCGUGUGGAACGCCAUGGGCGAGUGUUUCUACAAUCGCUCCGUCUGGUUUUUCUACAACAGCACGGGUAAAGAGUUGAGUCCAAUCUGGCGAACCAAGGACAAGCUGGUGGUGUCGCUGGGCCUGCUGGUCUGUGUCAUCAUCAUCCUGGCCAACCUGCUGGUCAUCAUGGCCAUAACCAUCAACCGCCGCUUCCAUUUCCCCAUCUUCUACCUGUUGGCCAACCUUGCAGCUGCUGACCUCUUCUCUGGCGUGGCCUACAUGUUCCUCAUGUUCCACACAGGCCCGCGUACCAUUCAGCUCAGCGUGCGCACGUGGUUCUUCCGACAGAGCCUGCUCGACAUCAGCCUGACCGCUUCGGUUGCCAACCUCCUGGCCAUCGCAGUGGAGCGUCACCAGACCAUCUUCCAGUUCCAGCUACACAGCAAGAUGAGCAACCAACGCGUGACCAUUCUCAUUGGCUGCAUCUGGUGCACAGCCAUUCUCAUUGGCUUUAUCCCACACCUUGGCUGGAAUUGUAUCUGCCACCUGUCUACCUGCUCGCGGAUGGCUCCACUCUACAGCCAAAGCUACCUAAUCUUCUGGGCAGUCUCCAACCUGGUCAUCUUUGGUGCUAUGAUGCUGAACUACCUUCACAUUUACUACUAUGUCAGGCAGAAAACCCAACGUAUGUCCCGCCACACGUCAUUCCAACAACGUCAUAAAGACACCAUGAUGAACCUCAUGAAGACCGUCGUCAUGGUCCUGAGUGCGUUUGUGAUCUGUUGGACCCCAGGCCUGGUGGUGUUACUCCUGGACGGGGUGGAUUGCCGAAGCUGUGACAUCCUGAAGGUGGAGAAGUACUUCUUGUUGCUGGCCGAGCUGAACUCCCUGAUCAACCCCCUGAUCUACUCAUACCGAGACGAGGAGAUGCUGCACACCUUCCGGAGAAUUCUCUGCUGGCCUUGUAACCGCGGCAGUACCUUCCAGGAUCCCAUCAAAUCACACAUUCUCAUGCAGCAGAUGCUGACCUCCAGCCAGCGAGUGUCCGGCUCUCGGGAGCACUCCACCUUGUGAACAUGGUGCCUGAACAAACCCACCCCACCCAUCGCAACCCCCAGAUCCCCCAAACCGGCCUCCCUAGGCAUACACCCCCACCUCCAGUCCAAAUACCCCUGAAUAUACCCCCACACCCACCUCCCCAGGGCUUCUGUGUCUGGUUACACAAAGAUCCCAGGUGAGGUGACACCUUCGCAAAGCCGAACUUUUUGCUCUGACAAUGCAAUCCCCACCCCGUACCCCCCUCCC